GCCGUCGUUUCCUUGCAUGAUCCAAUUAUGUGGUUCUUCACGGCCAUUUUUCUAACGGUAGGAUUUUUCCAGUUUGGUUCGACGGAAAGCAAAUACAACGUCACCUAUGCAGAUUUAGACAAGUGCAAGCAGUUCAACGCAAUAAGUGGCUACAACUACCACACCUAUUUCAAGCUGGAGGAACUAGACAAUCACAACCUGGACAACGAAACACUCGUCAAUCUGCGUCUGUUUGUGGUGGCCGCAAAAGAUGCUCACAUUCUCCUGUCCGAUACCAAUUCUACCAGCCCGGAUGCUCAGGUCUAUGAAAUAGUUAUCGGCGCUGGGGCAAACACAUUCAGCGAGAUAAGAAAACAGCGCAAGAAAAAUCCACUUAAAACGAAAAGUACGAAGAACGUGCUAUCACCGAUCGAUCCUUUGCCAUUGCGAAUUCGCAUUACCAGGGAAGGCUUGAUCGAGGUUGGUAUCGAAGGUCAGGAGCUGCCGCUGAUGUCCGCUACCGAUAAGAACCUGAUCGCGGUUCAGUAUUUGAGUUUCAGCUCCUGGGGUUCGACUCACGCCAAAUGGUUCUACGAUUGUGCCUCGGAUGAUGAUUCCCUAACUCAGUUGGAAGAAUUCGAAUCGAUCAAGCUCUUGACACCGAGGGAGCAGUUGAUGUUUGAGCUGGAGAUGAAUUCGACCUUUAGGCCUCCCGAGUGGUUCACACCGAUCGAGAUAAAGCAGCUGGUUUUCACUCGAGUGGCAUACGACUCCUGGAAGAACACGCUUCAAACUAGGUUCUUCCUUCGGGGAGCCUGGCGUGAUAAUCGGACCUCCUGGAUACCGGAAGAGCAUGGCAACAUCACCAGAAUUGUCGGUUUUCAGUUUCUCACCUGGACUCCUAGCGUCUAUGUGAGGGAUGACGCCGAAUUGACGGUGAAUGAAAUGUUCGGUCUGGAUCACGUUUCGUUCACCCACGACGGUUCUUUCGAGUGGCUAUCGAAGGAAAUCACCACGGAUACCUACUGCGCUUUGCGGGACUCGCCCGAAUGGCCACACGAGACCAACGAAUGUGACCUGGCCAUGGCCACCGAGCACGUCACGACGCCACUGAAGCUGAUGCCCGAUGCGGUGAACUUCCACCCGAACAUUAUCCAAUCGGACUGGAAUGUGGAGAAGAUUACCAAGCAUCAACAUGAAAACACGCACGAGUUGUUUGUGCUGAAGGAUGGCAAUCCGCGGAUGGAAUCGAUUCUAAGGCUGCACCUGCGGCGGAACAACGAGUUUUACGAUACGAUUUUGUAUGCUCCGUACUUUACGUCCAACGUGAUGAUUUUGGUGUCGUUUUGGUUGGAUGGGAUACUGAGAAUCUUUGCCAAUACGUUCGGAACCGUGAUGCUGAUUGCGGCUUUCCUGCAGAUGUCUGCUUUUGUGCCGCCUACAAUGAAUCCUAAAAUAUUUGCAUUCUUCCGCUGCAGCCUCUACUUCUCGUGGAUCUGCGUGCUGCUCUUCAUUCUGGACAAAUGGCUACGAACCUAUGCCGCAAAGAUGGCCCCCGACUCUUGGCUAGCACGGCUCAUUAGCUACCCUUACCUGAGAAUCAUACUCCGACUGGAUGGAGCAUCGAACUACGAUACCCUGCAUCAGAAAAAUCUAGAAUGGCGUGACUUUGUGAAGAUGUUGGAUAGAAUUGUCUUCUUGGUAAUGGCCGGAAUACUGAUUGUUUCUUGCUUUAAGAAAAUUUGAAUUUGAUUUUAACUUUCAACUACACAAUAUUAUUCAAUCUGAGCA